AUGCUGCAAAGAGGAAACACGAUUGUGACAAUACCGGAGGAUGGAGAAAAAGAUGAACUCAACACCGGUCGAAAGGCUCCUCCAAAAAUGACUCGUCGUUAUUCAUUGGUGCAUCAAGCGAGCAUUGAAAGAUUUGCGAAUGAAGGAUUGAAAAGAGGGAAUACGGUGAAAAGGAGACAACAAUUGCAAGGAGGGAUACCACAUGGGAAACAGAUUUUGCAACGUUUAAACGACGAGGGAGUGGAUUUGAUUUGGGCGGCCGAUUGCACGAGUCGCAUUCAUUUUGCCGCCAUUUUGACGAGCUCAGGUGAGAUCCCUUGUUUCAUGCGAACAAUUCUCGAUUCAUUCACCAAAAAUGGGAUAUCGAUUGAGCAUUUGGAGACACGGCCACAUAAAAGAAAACAAAUGAAAACGGGAAUGGAAAAAGCGGCAGAUGGCUGGGAUAUCAUCUGUGAGUGUGUUGCCACGAAAGAUCAACUCCUCGCUGCGGCGACAGAAUUGGUGACAUCACAUGAAGAUUUAAAGAAUAUUUCAAUCUAUAAAUCGGAUAAAGGAGAAGAAAUCCCUUGGUUUCCCCGUCACAUCUCGGAAUUGGAUCAAUGCUCAAAAUGUGUCACCAAAUAUGAGCCAACAACUGAUCCAAGACAUCCAGGCCACGGUGAUGCGACUUAUAUUGCCCGUCGACAAUUCCUCAACGAUCAAGCAGUCAAUUUUCGACAUGGAGAUCCGAUUCCAUAUGUCGAAUAUACAAAAGAAGAGCACGCAACAUGGAAAGCUGUGUACGAGAAGUUGAAAACUCUACAUGAAAGUCAUACAUGUCUUUCCUAUCGAAAGAAUCUCAAAAUGUUAGAAGAAGAAGGAGUUUUGACAGCAGAAAAAAUACCACAAAUUGUUGAUGUGAACAAAUAUUUGAUGAGGAAGACCGGUUUUAUGCUUCGUCCAUGCAGUGGUUUGUUAUCUGCUCGUGAUUUCUUGGCCAGUCUGGCUUACCGUGUUUUUCAGACAACAACCUAUUUGCGUCAUCACGGCUCUCCGCAUCACUCGCCUGAACCCGAUUUAGUGCAUGAACUUCUUGGCCAUGUUCCAAUGUUUUCCGAUCCAUUGAUCGCUCAAAUGAGCCAAGAUAUUGGAUUGAUGUCAUUAGGGGCAACGGAUGAUCAAAUCGAGAAAUUGGCUACAGUUUACUGGUUCAUAAUCGAGUUCGGUUUGUGUCGAGAGGACGGAAAAUUGAAAGCUAUUGGAGCUGGGCUACUUUCAGCGUAUGGAGAAUUGAUGCACGCUUGUUCCGAUGUUCCCGAUCAUAAAGAAUUCGAUCCUCGUGUGACCGCCGUUCAAACAUAUGAAGAUAGUGAUUAUCAACCAUUAUAUUUUGUCGCUCAUUCACUACAGGAUGCGCUUAUUAAAUUACGUGAAUACGCUUCCUCGAUGCCUCGUUCCUAUGGUGUAAUCUACGAUCCAUUAACCCAAUCAGUUCGGCUCAUCAAAAAAGUCGAAGAUGUGGCGCCGGCAUUUGAACGUUUUCACUUGGAUCUCUCCGGAAUCAUGCAAUCACUCCAUGUCGGCAAUCGAACAAAAGCAUCUAAUUUUUCAAAG